AACUGAAAAAAAAAUAAUUGCCGUAUUUUAUGAGGGUUGUUGUAGUGGAGAGAGGUGGAGAAGGUUGUUCACAGGCAUCUCCGGGACACGUGCAGUGAGGACCUUGAUCAGCUGAGAGUCUGUUACAUUUGAAGGUCAGGGGUGAGGCUUUCCGAGACCCCGGGGGAGAGCUGCCUCUGGUUCCCACCUCCGAUUCUGCAUCAUGUCGGGGCCGAAUGGGGAACCGAGUGUCCCUGUGGGACAGCAGGAGGAGGAGGAGGCGGCUGAUGAAGAAUAUGUGGCACUCAAUUUGAUGCUUGACCAGAUCAACUCUUGCCUGGACAACCUUGAGGAGAAAAACGAUGUUUUAAAUGCAAAACUUCGAGAAUUGCUGGAGUCAAAUCGCCAGGAUCUGCUUUUGGGUGAGUGUCUUAAACUCCUGUGCAUCUUAGCUUGAAUUGCAUGCUCAAUCCCUUGCACAGUUAUAAGGUAAAUAAAACAUGCAUUGUGGGGUGAAAAGAAUUGAAGUAAAUAAUGCAAGGUGUAAAAUUUCUUCUGUAGCACGUGGAAGUAGUUUCUGUAAAAGUUGAUUGUUUUCAUUUCCUCAGAUUUUCUAUGCCCACAACAUCGUGCAGUAAUUUACCAGUGCCUCUGACUGGGAUUGUGAUGGCAGACAGGUUCUCUCUGCUGCUCUGAAAUUACUGAUAUUUUAUUAGAGGAUGUAAAAGAUUUUUUUAAAAAAUGGUAAUAAAAUUGUUUAUGCAAUAAAGAAAUAAU